AUGGCCGAGCAGAACCGACGCUCCUCCAGCCGACCUGCAGGUACAUAUAGUAUUUACUUAUGCAUGUCAUGAUAUAUUUAGUAUUUUAAAGGAAGCAUUUGUAAAUUCUGAAUGGCAAUUAAUAGCGAUGAACCAUGUUGAUGUAACUGUAUAUCAACACAGAAAUUUCUUAAUUCUUUAAAAUUGUUAUUUUUCAGUGUUAAUAUUUUUAAUUUUAUAUAAAAAUAGAAAACUAACUUUUUCCGAUUAUAAUAUAUAAACAGCGUUAUGUUUCUACACAUUUUCUUGUCGUGUUUGCACAGGUUUUUUUCGAUGAUCACUUGCAUUAUAUAAUGCCUGAUGAUUCCUGUAAUUGUUUGUAAAAUUUGAAGUUGCCAAAAAUCAGUUCAGAACUGACAGCUCACAAAUGGUUCUAUUAUGUUUCAACUAAUACCUUGGGUUUCAGUAGCAUAUUAAACUGGGCAGUCAAUAGUGACCUGUUAACAACAUGGUUGAAUGAUGAUCAUUGUGAGGUCCCACAUUUCUGGGGGGGGGGGGUGGUGGUCGAGGGUCAUCUCCCCAGAAAACUUUCAAUUAAAAUUUCUGAAAUGGCAUUUGCAGCAUUUUGAGGCUACUUUUGUGAAAAAAAUACAAGUACAAUAAAUCACAAAAUGAUGUAAUUCCAAGAUAAAAUUUUGUAUUAUGGAUCACUUACAUUUAUACACUAUAAUAUAUCACAUUUGUUCUACGUUAAUUAUUUUAAUAGUACUAUUAAAGGUAGAGUACAGUCUUUAUGUAAACAAAGCCUUUGUUUACAUUUCGGUAUUUAAUUAAAAUAUUGAACUUUAUAAUAGUUUGUUUGUGGAAACACCAUGUAAAUUUAUUACUGCAAAGCUUUCGAUCCGUAAGCAUGGAUCUUCAUCAGUGCUAAUAUAGAUCCGGGCUUACGGAUCAACAGCUUUGCAGUAAUAAAUUUAUGUGGUGUUUCCACAAACUAUUAUAUGUUUUAUCGCCAUGCAAACAUACAAAUAACUUAUAUUGGACUUUAUUCAUCAACUAUUUAUAUUUUCAUGCUUCUACAAUAUAAUAAAUGAUCAAGAUACAACAAUCGGGGUUUGCAAAAACAUAAAGUGAAAUAAAAAUCUAAUUAAAGUGUUUAUAUUAUGGCAGGAGACUCCCAUGUGCGCAUGCACAGACCAGACUGUAUCCUAUCUUUAAUUGCUGCAUAUAAUAGCUGGACCUAUUCCAAAAUAAUCAGAUGGCAUUUAUAUGCACUGGUGAUAUGCCGAUUUGAUAAUAAACACCUUACUCUACAUUUUCUGUUUUUAAUAGUCUAAUUUAACUAAUUUUCUUUUUAAAUUGUUAGGUGACGAGAUAGUUUGCUUUGUGCAUAACCUGACACCGAAAAAGUCUGGUAGCAUGUCCUAUAAUACGUGUGAUUUACAGACACUGACAGCGAAUGUGAAAGCAGUAUGUUUUUCGCCUGAGAAAGUCAUACCAUUGAAGCAAGCAAUUGCUUCAAAAAGCCCUGUUAAGAUAAAAAAAUUUGAAUUCAACGAAAAAUUCAAUAAUGUUGUAAUAAGUAGAAAAAGUGUAAUUCAAGAAUGCGAAGGGCCGAUUGGUUUUAAAUGUGAUGAUAUGAAUUCGGAAGUAAGUUUGAUUCAGGUGCAUUCAGUAUCUCCUGGACAACUUGUGACAGUAGCAGCCCAAAUAACCCAGAUGAGUGGAGUCAAAAAGGUGAAAAGAGAAGAUGGAUGUUUAGAUGAAGUUACGGCGAUGUUGGUGGAUCCUACAGGUUCUAUUAAAUGUGUCUUUUUUGGAGAAUGGGUCAAGUGUAUUGAGGAAGGGGAAACAUAUACUUUUACCAACUUAAGAGUACGCACAGACUAUUUGAGUCAGGAGAAGUUUGUGAAUACUGCCAAAACUGGUUGUAAAAUAGAAACAAGAAAAGCAUUCGGUGAGCCAUUAGCACCUGCUGCUCCAUUGGUUGCUGACAUUGCAACAAAAGAAGCAAUUUUUUCUGUGGUGGGCAUAAAAGGAAUCAGCAAAUACUAUUCAUGCAGUAGCUGUUCGAAGAAGCUGGAAGAGCAGGGUACAAAGUUGUAUUGUCGAUCCUGUAACAUGAAGCAAAAACCAACAAAUGUUCAGUGGGUUUCGAGACUGCGGGUACAAGAUUCAACUUCCGACCAAUUGAACAUCACAGUCUUUCACCCACAUAUGGUAAAGUUAUUUGAAAGUCAAGGAAAAUCUCUGCUGCCUUCACUAACGGAGAGUGUAAUAGAAGAUAUACUUCUUGAUGUUGAAAACAUUCAUGCAAGCAUCAACAUCCAGCAAGGAAAACUUUUAGAUAUUCUGGAAUGA